CUUCUGGCGCCACCGUGUGGACGCUGAAGUGUACUGCAUCAAAGACGUCAUCGCACAGUGACGACUGUCAUGGCGGCGCCCUUGAGACUCUUAUCCAGGUUGACUGUUGUCACAGGAGGGGGCAGUGGUAUCGGCCGGGCCGUCUGCCAGCGCUUCGCUGCGGAGGGUGCGUCCGUGGUGGUCGCCGAUGUCAACGAGGACUCGGCCAAUGAGACGCUGCAGAGCCUGCCCCAGGACUACCGAGGCCAGAAGCACUCGGUGGUGGGCGUGGAGGUUUCCUCCAAGGAAAGUGUUGAGAGGAUGGUCACUACAAUACAGCGUGGGUACUUCCAGCCCCCGUCCGUGUGUGUGAGUGCUGCGGGGAUCACUCGGGACGAGUUCCUGCUGAAGAUGGAGGAGGGCGACUUCGACAGGGUCGUCCAGGUCAACCUGAAGGGUACCUUUCUUCUCACACAGGCCGUCUCCAGGGCCCUGGUCGCCAGUGGAUCCCCCAAAGGCUCCAUCAUCACUGUGGGCAGUAUUGUGGGCAAGGUGGGGAAUAUCGGCCAGGUGAACUACUCCGCCUCCAAAGCAGGAGUAGAAGGAUUAACCAGAACUGCGGCCAAGGAGCUGAGCAGGUUUGGGAUUCGCUGUAAUUGUGUGCUUCCUGGGUUCAUCACCACGCCAAUGACUGAAAAAGUGCCAGAGAAAGUGAUCAAUAUGAUAACCUCCAUGAUCCCGCUAGGCAGAUUGGGACAACCUGCAGAGGUUGCAGACGCGUGUGCAUUCCUGGCCUCUGAUGACAGCCGGUACAUCACCGGAGUCAGCAUUGAAGUCACAGGAGGCCUUUUCAUUGGCUGAGAGGUGCUGCCACCCCCUCUGUGAAGACCAAUCAGAUCCACAGUGCCUUCACCUGACUACCCCCCCCCCCCC